UGGAGCUGUUACAGCUGUGCGCCGUGCGCGCUUUUCGGAGCGCAGUGAGGCGCGCGCGCUGUCCGAGGCUGGUACCGAGCGGUGUCUAUCCCUUUAUGUGCCGGUGGCGCGGAGGGCUGUGCCGCGUGCUGCCUUCUGGCCGCUCGCAGCAUGAAGUGAGGAUGGUGGAGGAGACGGCCGCCUUUCUCAGGAACGCAUCGUCCUCCCGUGGAAACGACGAGAGUCUCUUCUUCCUCUGGAGGCUCACUCUCCUGGCCAGCGUGCUCAUCACCACUAUAGUAGUAGACGUGCUGGGCAACCUGUUGGUCAUCGUGUCGGUUUUCAGAAACAGAAAACUCAGGAAAACAGGGAAUGCCUUUGUGGUGAGUUUGGCUGUAGCAGAUCUUGUAGUUGCCGUCUACCCUUACCCAUUGGUCCUAACUGCAAUCUUCAACAAUGGCUGGAUAGCAGGAAACAUCCAUUGCCAAAUCAGUGGCUUCCUGAUGGGGCUCAGUGUCAUCGGCUCCAUCUUUAACAUCACUGGCAUUGCUAUCAACCGCUACUGUUACAUCUGCCACAGCCUUAACUAUGACAAGAUUUUCUCCAAAAAGAACACUGUGUGCUACGUGGUGCUUGUGUGGGCCUUCACCAUCCUGGCCAUCGUGCCCAACUGGUUUGUGGAGUCUUUGCAGUAUGAUGCCCGUGUCUAUUCAUGCACAUUUGCCCAGUCAGUCAGCUCACUCUACACCAUCAUGGUGGUGGUGGUGCACUUCAUCCUGCCCAUCAGCAUUGUCACCUACUGCUACCUGCGCAUCUGGAUUCUGGUCAUCCAGGUGCGCAAACGGGUCAAACCUGACAACCGGCUCAAGAUCAAGCCACAUGACUUUCGCAACUUUCUCACCAUGUUUGUGGUGUUUGUCCUGUUUGCUGUGUGCUGGGCUCCACUGAACUUCAUUGGCCUGGCAGUGGCAAUCCAGCCCAAGCUGGGCCAGGCCAUUCCUGUGUGGCUCUUCACAGCCAGCUACUUUAUGGCCUAUUUUAACAGCUGCUUGAACGCAGUUAUCUAUGGUGUACUCAAUAAUAAUUUUCGAAAUGAGUACAAAAGAAUUGUGCUCUGUCUUUUUAAGUUCCAUUGUUAAGUUUUAGUUUGAUUUUUUUUUUCAAAGAGGAGACAUGCACUGUGAAUUAUUAGCAUUAUAAAUCAUAUUCAGCUAAACAGAGGUGGGCUUAUUGUUUUGCAUAGGCUCAUGUUUCUAUUUCUUUAAAAAUGACAUGGACAGAGACUCAAUCAUGGAUAUUUAAAUAUAAUAUAUAAAAUAAGCUUAGGUUUGUAUAAUUUUGUAUAAUUCAAAUGGCCCUUUACAAUAUACUCAGAACUACAUGAAAUAACACAAACUAAUAAUAAACAAUUGUGACAUGGGAAAUUGCAGCUGUAUCUCCAAAUGUUAGUUUCAGUUAACAUAAUGUCUUAGUUAAUCUCAACUUCAAAAACUGACAGCUAGAACUCUGGGAUUUCAUUAGUGAAGCGAGUGUCAGGUAGAAACACAUUUUUUUUUAAGAAAC